AUGGCUUGCCGGCGGCGGUGUGGCUGCAGGGAAGCGGUGCUGUGGGCGGCGCUGUGGCAGUCUCUGCUCCUGCCGUGGACGCUGGGCGUGAGCACGCCGGCGAAGGCUGCCGAGCCAGUGGUGGUGGCCGGGCCAGUAUCCAGGGUGGAGGAUGCAAGGCUGUUCCACAUAUACUACGGCCAGGCAUUCAAGGUCAUCAAGAACACCUGGGACGGCAAGAGCUACCUUCUCAUGCAGAACACGUCCAAGAUGGCGACCAAGACCAAGUACUGCACGGGAAGGAUCAAGUCCUUCGUGAUCCCCAUCGCCAAUUACUCCGUCGACACCACGGCUUCUCCAGUGUCAUUUUUUGAGCUACUUGGAGUGCUAGAUAACUUGAAAGGGAUAACAUCAGGUCAGGUUGCCUCUCAGUGCGUGCUCCAAGCGUAUGCAAGUGGAAAUGUGCAGCUUGUGAACAAGACAGACGCACAGAAACUAUUACAGUUUAGCACACAUUUCAUCGGCAGUACAGAUGAAGAUAAAGGUUGCAAUUUUGCAGCUUAUGUACCAUCAGAAGAGGAUACACCGUUGCAGAGGGCCGAGUGGAUCAAAUACCUGGGGACAUUCACAAACUCCGAAGACAGGGCUAAUGCAGUAUAUGAUGCAAUUAAGACAAACUAUUUGUGCUUAAGCAAAGCAGCUGCGAACCUCAGUACCCGAUUCAAACCCAUAGUAGCAUGGAUUGAAUACACAGAGGGAGUGUGGACAUUUGUCAAAGAAAGUUACAAGUUACAGUAUGUCACAGAUGCAGGCGCAGAAACUGUUGAUGCAACUAUUACUGAUAAGAGAUUCAACAUUUCCGAUCCAGAGGAUAUGGACAACCUACAUGCUAUUCUUUGUACAGUAGAUGUGGUCAUAGAUCAGACAUAUGCCUCAGAUCCGGCAAAGUACAAGCUAUCCACAUUUUUGGAUAAUAUUAAUGUGGGCCGUGACUCUUGUUUCAGUUUUGUUACUAACCAAAGUGUAUGGAGAUUUGACAAGAGAAUAGGGGAUUCAAAGACACUUGAUUGGUUUGAUGGAGCUAUCUCCCAGCCACAGUUGGUUCUGGCUGAUCUAAUAGAAGCUUUCUUCCAAACGGGAAACUAUACAACAAUUUACUUCAGGAACCUUGCAAAGGAAGAGGGGGUCACAGAACUAGACCCUGCAAUGUGUAGUAGGAGCAUAUCCACACCAAUGGAGCCUACGAUCCUGCCCUGCCAAUGAGGACCCUAGAUGAACAUUAAGGC